AUGACUAUCGCACCGUCGACCGCACCCUUCGCCGCGGAGCAUCAACUAUCGCGGGAUCUAGACGACGGCUCAUCCCGCCGCCCCGUGCUGCCGUCUCACCCCGACGUCUCUCUCCACGACAGAGGCCAGCUCCGGGACCAUCUGACGAGCGAGUUCUGCUCCGACGACCUAGACCGCGUCGCCGACAAGCUAUGGUGGAUGUCCAAGCAAGACAGCCGGAACAUCUCCCCCCUGCAUCGACAGCUGGUGAAGCGUCGCAGGAUUGUCAUCACCGAAGACCCAAAGCUCCACCUCGUCUGGAUCAACGACCGCAUCUUCAUCAAGCCGCUGCCCAGAUACCUGACCUCGCACGCCUUCUGGACAGACUACCUGGCGGACAAGGACGUGCAGCGCAUCCGCCGAGCCGCGCUGGGAUAUCUACGCACGUACAGCCAUCUCGUGCGGCACGAGUCCGACUUUCGCAUCGCCCAGGACGCCGCCUUGUGCCUCGUCUCGCGGGACGUCACCUGGGAGCAGUUUUGCGCAUUCGCCUCGCGGCUGCGUCGUAUCCCCGACCGCGACGUCUCGCCUCGCUAUGCCUACGGCGAGAUCCGACUGACGCGGCUCAACUUUUACGCGCCGUUCCUCCUGGGCAAGUCGCAUUUUCAGCGCGUUGACUACCAGUACGGGGACUACUUUGCCAGGUUCUUCACGCCGGUGGUGUUUGUGUUUGCCAUAGUGUCCGUGAUCCUGAGUGCGCUGCAAGUCGUCGUGUCGGUUGGGGACAAUGCGUCGAGUGUUUCGGCACGCAUGGCGCUGUUGGGUAGCGUGGCUGCGAUUCUGGUGGCGUCUUGUCUGCUCGUCACUCUGGGCUGUCUGCUCGUGUAUAAAAUUGCAAAGGAGUGGCGGUAUGCGCUCCGCGAUCGUUAUCGUCGGGUAAAAGGAGGAGGCGAGCAGGUUUGA